CUGUCUGCGUUGUCAAAUGUCAAAAAGGAAAAUGGUACCGGCGAUGGCGAACUUACGAUUCUGUUUUGUAUUCCUGUUCUGUGUUGUAAUAUGCACUCAAAAUGCAAAUGCUGAGACAACGACAAUAACCAAUGAUAUAAAACUGAAAAAUGUUGACCGAACAAUAGACAUAUCGACACAACUCGUGAAAAUCACUUCGAAGGUAACCUUGGAGAACAUUGGAAAAUCGCCGGUAAAAAGUUUUCUGGUUGCAGUAGAGCCAUCUGUUAAGGGUAAUUUGGCAUUCAUUGGUGCUAAGGACAGCAGUACCAGAGAUCUUCGGGUUGUGGACGCCAUUGUAAAAGAACAUGACAAAGUUAAGUUUUGGCGUGUCGAAUUCAAAGAUCCAGUGGUCGCCGGUUCUACAACUGUGGUAACAGUGGAAGAGGUUUUAACCAAAGCAUUAUCGCCGUUCCCGACAGCGAUCACGCAGCAGGAAGAUCAACUAGUAAAAUACUACGGUAACUUGUAUUUCUACACCCCAUACAAAGUGAUGUCACAGAAAACCACUGUUCUAGUGAACACGAAGAAUGUAGAAUCCUUCACUAAAGUAAAACCUUUUAGUCAGCAAGAUGGGAUUAUUCAAUAUGGCCCAUUUAAUGAGAUAAUGAAUCCGUUUAGUGAGAAGGAACUGAAUGUUCACUAUAAAAAUAAUUCUCCUUUCUUGACUGUCACUCGUAUCGAAAGACUUAUUGAGGUGUCGCACUGGGGCAAUGUUGCUGUUGAAGAAAAAAUUGAGGUGGAACACACCGGUGCUAAGUUAAAAGGGCCUUUCUCCCGGUAUGACUACCAACAGGACCAUCAUAGUGGACCUGCAAGUGUACGCUCCUACAAGACACUACUUCCUGCCUCUGCAUCAGAUGUUUACUACAGAGAUACAAAUGGCAACAUCUCUACUUCUAACAUGAAGGUUAAAAAAGACUCUGUUGAACUGGAUCUUAGGCCAAGGUACCCACUUUUUGGCGGUUGGAGAACUCACUAUACUUUAGGAUACAAUGUACCAAGUUAUGAGUACUUAUAUCAGUCUGGUAAUGAAUACCUGCUUAAGAUGAGGUUGAUUGACCACAUCUUCGAUGAUAUGCAAGUUGAUGAGUUGGUUAUUAAAAUAAUUUUGCCUGAGGGGUCAACGAAUAUCAAAGUAAAUGUUCCCUAUCCAGUGACCAGACUUCCGGACAGCUUACAUUACACAUAUCUAGAUACUAAGGGUCGUCCUGUAAUUUCAUUUACGAAGAAGAAUCUUGUAGAGAAUCAUAUUCAAGAUUUCCAGCUUCGUUAUACAUUCCCUCGUUUGCUUAUGUUGCAGGAACCACUUCUUGUUGUUGGCUUCUUGUAUGCCUUAUUCCUAUGUGUAAUAAUUUAUGUUAGAUUAGAUUUUUCUAUACAUAAGUCUGAGCAUCACCACAAAGAGUAAAUUAACACUAUUAAUUUAAAAUUAAAUUUCUAUUAUUGUUUGUAACAGGUCUAGUUACUCUGCAUUUCAGUUUGGCGCAAAUGAUUGUGUGAGGAAAUAAAUGUUUUUUUUAAUAAC